UAACCCUAGCGUUACAGUCGGCAAAGAGCUACGCGAGCGAUUAGUCGAUGACGUGUCGGGCGUGUUGUCUGCGGAACUUCCGACGAUAGAACUCCGCGGAGUUUGGACCGCGGGAAAGCUGCGUCUUUUCCGACAAGUGUUUUUUCGUUCGCUCUCUCCCGAUCUUUGCCAUUGUAUUAAAGUUGACAUUUUCCUGUCCCGGACUUUUGGAAUAAUAGGAAUUGUUUCCACGAAAUUCGUUCGAUUUGUUUGCGCGUUGGACUUCUUUUUUUAAAAUAUUAUUUAUAAUUCCGUUGAUCUGUGAAUGGUAUGGAAGUUUCUUCCAUCAACGACUGAAGGAGAUCCGAUGACGACAUGCGUGGAUAAGAUCAACCUUCUUUUGUUGCCGCUAUGUACUAUCCGCCUCUCUUUACUUCAGUAAGACCAUUUGAUCCUCGGGCCAAUUCUCUAGACGUACCAGUGGUCCGAGAAAACCCUUUGGACCUUUCGGUCAAAACCAUUCGACCAUCUUCUGACGCUGCCGCCGGCGGUGCUGAUGCUGAAGAACUGAUGAUGUUAGAUCACCGAAAACUUGCCAAUCUGGCAGCUUCUCACUCAUUGUCUGCCAUGGGUAGACAGUUAUUGGAUCCGUCCCUAUAUAGACUGGGAUACGGGGCAGAGGCUGUUGUGCCUGGACUUACCCCGCCUUUCUGUUUUGAUCGAACGACAGGAGUUGCUGUACCAACUUCACUAGCUGGUCACCAAAUGCUUUCAACCUUUUUGCAACAAAGAGAGAGAUUGGAGCAACAGCAACAACAAGCAUUUUAUGCUGCUCGAAAUUCUGCUGUUGCACAGCAACAAGCAGCUGUGGCAGCCGCUGCUGCAGCAUACAUGGAUCCUGCGAACUUACCUUUGCAUUUGCGGAAUGGCCUGACACAGCGAGAAGCUGCUGCUGCUUUGGCAGCUACAAGAGGCUUAUAUGCUCCAUCUCUUCCCACACCAAUGAUGCUGCCAGCCUUUUCCUUAUACACAGAAGACAAAGGUGCAUUUACGUCCCUGCGCAAUCCAACAACUAGUACUGGCUCUACGGACAGAAGUGUUCUGAAUGGUGUUACUGCUGCUGCGGCUGCACCUACUCUUGAAGCAGCAAGAUAUGCUGAACACAUACAAAGACUUAGAGAACAACAUCUUCAACAGCACCAGACGUCUGGUAAGUGCAGUAGUACUUGUUGUACGUCGAGUUCCCUUUCCGGCUUAGGGCAGUCAUCUGUGCCAUGUGCCUGUUGUGUUCAAACUCCUUCACAAGCUGCAUUGUGUGCUCGCAGCCCCAUGGGAUGCGCUAACAAGGAUCCGACAUCCGCUGCAACAGGCAAAGUCUGUGAUUUUCCUCAACCAGGGUUGACAUUUUUGCAUCGUCCAACUGCAACCACUGCAGCGGCCACGACAACAACUUCAUCCACUUCAAGCAGCGAACUAAGGUUAUCAGUAUCAAGUCUUUGUACGACUCAAACUACUGCUGAGCCUACAACAGUGAAUUCUUCUCGUGAUAAGCAGCAACAUUCCGGGUUUCGGUCGACGAUUUGGAAUGCUGGACUACCAUCUGUAUCUACAGGUGGUAAAACGGCUUUUUCUGUUCCUAAAAAGAAGGAGAAUUCUCACAAAGAUUCUUCUACGCAUCAUUCCAAGGAACAUCGUUCUUCUGGCAGCAUCAAAGAUAUUUUGAAAGAUAACCAAAAUAAUAAUUCAAAUACAUAUGAAGGAUCUAAAACUGAUGCUCCAAAAGUGAGUUCACAUUCUUCUAAGCAUGAUAAUGUCAAAAAGGCCAAUGAAAAAUACUAUGAAGACUUUUCUUUGAAGUAUUGUCAAAAAGAAAAGACAGAUACCAGUUCUUUCAAUUUUCAUAAAAAUUCAAUGAUUACUCCUCACAAGCACACUCAUAGUGGAAUGAUCCUAAAUGGCAAUGAUGCCCUUACUACAGUUACAUCAGUUACCCCGAUUGUACCGACUAGAUGUGAAGGAGGUUCGAUUCCCAUUACAAAAAUGCCACCUUUACUGGAAGCAGUUCGUCCAUCAGAAUUGCCAAAUUCAAUUGAAAAACCUCAAGAUCCUGUUUCUUCUGUGCACAGUCCCCAGGGUCCACCACCUCUUAUUGCUGUAUCUAGCAUGAUAGAUUAUUCUGCUGCUUCGAUUAUAAAAUCAUCAUAUACAUCUUCGGAAAACUCUUCUUUGAGAAUACCAUCCACGAUUUAUCCCGCUACUUCUGUUCCAGUGCCAUCUUACAAACACCAAGCUGAAAAAAUCCCUUCAGAAGUAUCGAAUGUCAAAACAUCUUCUAAGUCACCCAAGAAAUCGUCCCACUCUACUACAAAAUAUAAUGGAAUGCCAAUAGGCUUCAUGAAUGGUGAGCAUGCAAUAGCUCCAUUAGCCAUCCCAAAGCCAAUACCUGCCAAACCCAUACCUCAGCUUCCAGCCCAUCAUCUAACUCCAAAUGCCACGCAUUUUUCUAGUCAUUAUCGCCCUGCUCAACAUCAGCUGAGUUUACAGACCCACAAUGAAUGGAUACCACAUGCCAAUCCUAAUGUUACUGUCGCCCCGCUGCCACAGCCCACAACUUCGACCGUGACAGCAACUUCUACUACUGUUGUCACCAGCGCGCACCGUCCAAGCAAACCUGUGCAAUCAAACAGUUUACCAUCGGCGACCGCGAUGCAUCGUGAGCCCGAUUAUGCAGACACUCCAAACGUCCUCCAGUCUCUUCUCGUUCGAUCUUCUACUGGAAUGGAUCCCAUGACCACGAUGCCAACUGCCAUGACAAAAGAUAUUCCAACAAGUGUGAUAACCUCUGCAAAUCCCUUGCCACUUUUCAGUAUCGACUACCGAUUUCCGAUCGGUCCUCAGAUAAGUUUAGUAAACAACAGUCGAGAUGAAAUGCCAGAUGUCGCUUACAGCACACCUUUGACUGUCCAUCACUCCGCGACAUCUACAAACGCGGCACAGAAAGAUAAAUCUGAUGUGCUCAAAUCGGAAAGUGCAUCUCAGCCUUUGUCGAUUACGUCUAAGCAUAAAAAGAGGUCAGCCAACACGGAGGACAAUGGAAACACGAAAAAGCGAAUACUUUCUUCGAAUUUCAACUCUCCCAUGCCUAGAUAUUCAUUUCAGCCUGCAUCGUUUAUCAAUGAAGUGUCGGAAGCUCCAGAAUGCCCUUACACUUUCCAUCCGGAACCUCCCCUCAAUUACACCACUCAGGUGAAAGACGAAAAUCAAAAGCCUUUGUGGAGAGAGGUUCCUGAGAAGACUGCUGAUAUGACUAAUUUCCGAGAAUUGCCCAAAUCUCCAGUUUUAGUUCCUAAAUCCCCAUCCAAACCUACCGAAGCUACAUGGUCUCCUAAAUCUGGUUCUGUACUUCCUGUAAAUUCUAGUACUUUACCACAAACUGCAGAUAAUGCUGCAAUGGACAGACUGGCAGCUAUCCGUGCUCGUCGAAAACUUAGGAAGAAACUACUAUCUCGCAUUUACCUGCAAAGGAGACCACUUGCUACAACGGGCAAUGUAAUGCCCGAUCGUGCCGCUCUUGACAGACAACUUGCCGUAAGGUACACUCGGAAAUUGUUGUCCCAGUUAACCCUUCGAUGGGCCCACCGACGUUAUGUGUACAAGUGGCAUUCCAUCAAAAGAAAGAGCCUGUCUGGAAAAGUGGUUGUACAGAAAAAGAAGAAUGGGAAAGUUAUUUACGAAUAUAAACAGAAAAAUGGCAAAGGGGCAAAAAGCAAAAUAGUCAACACGGAGAAAUCCACGUCAAAGAGCAAGGAUUCUUCAUGUUCGUUACCCAUGCCACCUGAAAUGAAACGAUUGAUGGUUAAUAAAGCAUUAGGAGAGACUCAAUUGCACCGAGCUGCCAGGCUUGGCUAUCCGCAAGCCGUCGCCUACUGCCUGAAGAGCAAGUGCGUGAGUGUGAAUGUUCGUGACAACGCAGGCUACACACCUCUCCAUGAAUGCUGCUCCAGGGGCCAUCUAGAUAUUGCGCGGGCUUUGCUGCAGUAUGGAGCUGAUGUCAACGCCAGCGCUGCAGGAGGAAUCAGGCCUUUGCACGAUGCCGUCGAAAAUGACCAUGUAGAAAUCGUGAGAUUAUUGCUGUCUUACGGUGCCGAUCCGACCAUUGCCACUUAUUCGGGUUUGGAACCCAUGAAAUUAGCUCGUUCUGCCAUGAUGGCAGAGUUCUUACAAGGAUUCCUUGCCGACAUAAGCGGGGAAGUUGAUAGUAGACCGCAUUUGCCUUGGAGAUUUUGGGGAUCUGCGAAAUGUUUAGAUCCCGAAGACGGCGGCUACGACGUCUUCAGCGGCGUCCCUUCCGAUGGCGAAGACGAGGGGGAGGGCGACAACGACUUCCUGUUCGAGGUGAGCGACUCCCCGCACCUCCCCACUUUCCGACUCCUGUUGCCUGCUGCCAGCAGUAAGGCGCAAGGCAACUAUCUUCGGUUGAACGAUGUUCUGCGCAAGUUGUCCAUUACCAAAGAAGAAUUCCUUAAGAAUUAUGGCCAUAUAGAGAUCCUUUCUUUGCCUCGUCACGAAUUCGAAGCCAGUGCCACCUGCAGUCCGCUGCUGUCCGGAAACAAGCUGGACAACCCCUUCGCGUCCCGUCCCAACUCUGACCGGUCUCUGGACAACGGAAGCACGACCGAUCUCAUCAGGUUGGACAAGGGAAUCCGCAAAGUGCUCGGCAUUGAAACCAUCUCGGUCCGAUAGCCUGAACACACUCUGUGGAGAGAGAAGCUUUAUUGUGAUAAGAACUCUGUACAUAACGAUACAAAGCUUUGUCAUUUCCAGUGGCUUAGUGUGACUUUUUUCCUACAGUUCAAGCUAAGCGGUUUUUAUUUUCGCUCAACCAGCCGUUUUGGGGUAAACAAAAAAAAGGGGGGGGGGAGUUUUGGGGAUUAAGAAUUCAAAAGGAAAUCGUAUUAUAUAUAUAAAAAAAUAUAUCCCCUAAAAAUAGUUCAAAAUAUUUUUUUUUUUUUUUUUUUUUUUUUUUGAUAUUAUGAUUUAAACAUUUAAUUUCAGAGUUUUAGUAUUUUAAAGCAAGAUAAAAUUAAAAAUAAAUAAAUAUUUUUUUUUUUAAAGUUUACAAAUUUGAAACUUCUUGUAAAGAAUUUUUGUUAUAAAACAAAAGAAAAAUCAGUGUUUAUGAGUAUGUCAAAUAAAAUGUAUCAAAAAGAAACUUGCAAAUAUUUGAGAUAUUACGAUUUCCUUUUGAAUCGUCACCUUUUGAUUUUUCUCGUGAUCCUGCAAAGCUUGAGAACUUCAUUUAAUGUGUCUUUCAUUAUGUAGCUGCAAUAUGGGCAUUUUUCGAAACUAUGUGUUGAUAUUUAUGUAUCCUAAAUCUCUGUUUUCCUUGAAUGCCUUGUUUAACCCUAGAAGUUAACUGCAAUCCUUUUAGAAGCACAAUGUGCCCACUUUUAGUUCCUGUUUUAGACAGAUAAAUCGCAAAUUUCUGGGGCUAUUAUUGCAAGGCAUACUUUGGUAGAAGUUUCGUAAUGUUUUUAAUUUUCUUUGAUGUACAAUUCGUAAGUGCUCUCAGAUAAGAUUGCUAUGUUUGUUGAAGUAGUUCCUCGGAACUCUGCUCUUUGCAUUUUAAUGCUUGAAAUAAAAAAAAAAAAAAAUAAAAAAGGGGGAAAUUUAAGAUAGAAAUUUUGUUCGUUUUAAUUGUGUGAAUCGCAUUAACACAGAGACAUUGUCCUAUCUUACAGCACUUGCGAAUAGUUCACUCCGUUCCAUAGGAGUGAUUCCAAAUUGUAAAUUAUUGUUAUAAAAAAAAGGGAAAAAAUCUAUGAAACUUUUAUGUAAAAGAUAAUUGUAAAUAGCUAAAAAAAAAAAAACAUUUGCGCAUAGAAUGAUGUUAUAUGCCUGCCUAUUAUAGAUGUACAGAAAAAUUAAAAAGAGAUUUAUGUGAAAGCUUGUCGGGAAGUGGGCUGUGCAAUUCGAAGUAUUGUACAAAAACAUUUUGUCGGCCUACUCAUUUGUAUGUAUGUAUGUUUCUUCGUCUUUUAUUAAAAAAUAUUCAUUGAAA